GGCAGCGGGUUUGGCCGUAUACAACAUCGCAUUGUAACGUUAUCGGGGUUGGAGCGUGCUGUGUUGUCUGUCAAUCUUGUGAGCAGAGAGUGUCGGGUUCGUGCUAAUUACCUGGUGGGAAAUGUCAAAGCUAUCAUCUUUCAGGCUGCUGGAGUCGUACCUUGAGGAUUUGUCCGUAUUGGUUGAUGAGUCCAAGAGGCUGGUGGAGUUGGACUUAUCGUACGAACACAACAACCAUGAAGUUAGGAAGAGCUUACAAAAGAUUGUGAAGUUUCUAGAGAGACACGACGAUGGUGAGGAUUAUGAUGAGCUCGUUGAACAGUUUAACAAGCUGAGGGAUUCCAUACAAACCAUAGAUACAUCACCUUACAGAUAUGUGCGUAAAGCUCAGGUACCAAAGAAAGUUGAAGCGAAGAAGUCUGUGAGGUUCAACGAGAACUUGGAGUUCGAAGCUGCGCAGGACUCCACACCAAGGCAUUUCAAGCCUUAUAGAGACAGUGUGAUACAAGAGCCAGAUAAUGACCAGACACAGGCUUUAUUUGAAGGCCGUUCCGAUGUUGAUGCAAAUGUUAGCGGUGUCGAUGACGAUGUGCAAAGCGUAGAAUCUACAAAUCAGGACAUGUUUAUACAGCACCAGCAACAGCUAUUGGAACAGGAUACACAUCUGGAUUCAUUGGCCGAGAGCGUUAGAAGACAACACGGUUUAUCCGUGGAGAUCAAUGAUGAACUAGAAGGGCAACACAUUCUAUUGGAUGACCUUGAGGCACAGCUUGACUCAAGUGAUAGACGGUUGAACCAAGGCCAUAGAAGAUUGAAACACUUUACCCGUAAGGCAAAGGAGCAUGGCCAAUGGAUAACGAUCAUUGUACUGAUUAUCAUUCUAGUGCUGUUAUUGGUCGUCCUUAAAUGA